GCCUUUUUCUGUAGUUUCACGAGCGUUCAUCGCGAAUCAACUCACCUGGGUGCACCGACGUGUGAUAUAGCAUUUGUCAUCCGUGUAACUCACCUGUGAACGGAGAUUGUGUUUUGUUUCGCGACUCCGGACUCCCCUUUUAGUUAGAAACGAUUUUUUAUGUGGUUUGUAAGUGCCGGAGUGUAACUCCGGAAACGUUCAUUGAUAAAACUUAAGGUCAUCGUUUGUUUAUCGUACGUUAUGGUUUUGUCAGUUUACUAAAAGUUUUUAGGUGAAAACUUUUUUUUUGUGGACUUCUGUUAGUUCUAUUUUCAGUUUUUAUGGAUUGAAUUUAGAUUAUUAAAAUGAUGACUAUGGAGUAUCCCCUCGGUCACCACCAACAUAAAUACGCUUGCUCCACGAUGUCGUCGGAAACUUUGAGCGGCAGUUGUGGCAGUAGAAACAACAGAAUUAGAACAAUUCGUCUGGUUAAACGAUCUAACGGAAACUUAACAUUGGGCGGUAAAAAUUUACCCACUUUGGGAUUUAGUAUAAGAGGGGGGCAUGAACAUGGAACUGGAAUUUUUGUGUCAUAUGUAGAAAAUGGAUCUGAAGCACACACCCAAGGUUUAAAGGUCGGAGAUCAAAUUAUUCGAAUAAAUGGUUUUACUAUCGAGGAUGCUGUACACAAAGAAGUUCUCCAGUUGAUUUCGAGUCAUACUCACCUCACUCUCAAAGUCAGAUGUGUGGGAAUGAUACCAGUGAAAGAAAAAAGAACUGACGUAUUGAGUUGGCAAAUAAUUGCAGAUACAAACUUUUCUUCUUCAAGAUCCUCGCCGCAAUUUAUUGACAAACCCAGAGAUGUUCGCGUUAACAUUAUAGUAGCUCCUAGAUCCAAACUAGGAUGUGGGAUCUGUAAAGGACCAGAAUGGAAACCUGGGAUAUUUGUACAAUUCACGAAAGAAGGAGGUAUAGCUCGGGAAGCUGGUUUACGACCAGGAGAUCAGAUCGUGCAGUGCAAUAAUGUGGAUUUUUCUGAUAUACCUUUUAAUGAGGCUGUAAAUAUAAUGAAAACUUCACGUCAACUAGAUCUGUUGAUCAGAAAAGCAGCAGCCUCAGAAUUAUUUCCUGGUGAAUCUAGUGGUUAUAAUAGUUCAGCUAGUUCAGUUACUGAAGAUCAAAGUUCUUCUUGGGGAGACCCGAAACGGUUGUCUAUAGUCAAAGAGGAGAAUCAAAAUGUAGAAGACAGAUUGAAUCAAAGAGGUUCAACUAAUAAAAACUGGAAUUUACCAGAAUGGGAAGAGGAAAGGGAAGAUCAAAAUAUUUAUAAACCAACAAUAAUCAGCUUAUCAGAUAACGGAACGACUAUAGAAAACAAUGGACACGAAUACAUGGCCAAUAACUAUGAAACCAACGUAUCCACUCAAGAUAAUAAAGUUCCAGAACGCAGAGACAGCAAAAUAGUAGUGGAAGUCCAUAGAACUGAUGAAGAUGAUCAGUCUAAUGGAGUGAACAAACUUACCAAAAGUUCUUCCAGCUGCAGCCUGGCAAGUAAAGCUAGUUUUGCUAGCGCCGCGAGCAGUAGUCUUUCUUCAGCUAUAUCUUUGGAGAUUAAGAGAAGAUCCGAAAAAAAAGCAAUGAAAGUCCCCGAAGAAACAUCUAUUGAAGAGCAAAUACAAAAAAAGAAAUUAUUAAGAGGAUUUAGCUCGGAUCAACAAUUUCAGCAUGACAAAUUGAUGAACGAGUUCAAACAGGCUCACCAGAAAAUGUUCAAGUCACCUAGUCUUGAUGGUACAAAAACUGUGGCAUUAGGAAAAGAUACCUUGGAGCGCUUGGCACAUAAAGAGCUCUCUCAAAAACUCUCAGACCGUUUGCUCAAUUUAGCUAAUACUGAAAAUAAUAGAAAUUCAGAAGUUGUUUCAACACCUCCUCCGCCGCCACCACCUCCAAUGGAGAAUUUCUCUUCCACGCCAACGGAUCCACCUACCAUCGUUUCCAGUACCCCCAAAACUACUAAUACAAAACCGAAGGCUCCUCCAGUUCCAAUAAAACGAUCAGUACUCUCAAGCUAUCAACCACCACCUUGCCCAACUCCAGAUUACGAUACAUUAAGCUUAUCUUCAACAUCUUCCACUCUAAAACCACAACAUGUUAAUGAUUGCGUUGAAAUGGACUCCUUGGAUUCCUAUAAAAUGAAAAAUCCGAAUAAUGUGAAACCGAAAGCUCCAAAUAUUUAUUUUAAGAAAAGGGAUGUCUGUGCUAAUCUUUCGAAUGGUUCCUCAACAUCAAUCGGUGGACAAGAGAGACCAAAGUCGGUAAAUGUUAGUAUUGGAGAAUAUGCCGGCACUAGAAGUCCCCCAGGACGGUUAGAUUUCUUGAAAAAUGGUACAUUGGGACGAAACAGUGGUGGAGCCAAUCCAGGAAAUUUAGCCAUGGAAUUAACGCAGACGCUGAACAAAUCUAAUUUAAGGAAAAGAACAGAAUCUAUGGAUGAUCUUUUAAGUUCCCCUCAAAUAAGACCCCAAAGUAACGGCACAGUUAGGAUAGCUGUAAGUAAUUUAGCAAGAGGAUUCGCAAAGUCUACUAAUAACUUAACUGAAGACCUUGAUGCUAAUCUGAAAUCUGAAAACAGAAUAAUGAUCAACGUAAAUCAAGAUAAAUCAAAAGGGAUUGACAGAUACAUGGGAAAUACCUAUGGUUGAUUGAUUCAACUUCUUGGUGAUGUACCAAAUACCAAGUGCAAAUAUUAGAAUAGUUUCGUAAUUUAGUGAAUUUUCUUUAUGACACAUUCUUGUUAUUUUUAUAUAAUUUAUAAAUAUUUACCUACGUGUCUAUUUCGUACUGUUAUUUCUUGUAAGUGGAAAUAAAUUAAUAUUACCAGUA